UGUUUUGUAUAUCUUCACAGCGGCGCGCCCACAAUCCCCCUCUCUCUCUCCGCGCUGCCAUUUUAAUUGUCGACAUGAAGGUCGAACUGUGCAGUUUUAGUGGGUAUAAGAUCUACCCCGGUCACGGGAAGCGCUAUGCCAGAAUUGAUGGGAAGGUUUUCCAGUUUCUGAAUUCAAAAUGCGAAUCUGCAUUUCUUUCCAAGAGGAACCCUCGACAAAUCAACUGGACUGUGUUGUACAGGCGCAAACACAAAAAGGGCCAAUCUGAAGAGAUUCAAAAAAAGCGCUCCCGUCGCGCAGUGAAGUUCCAAAGAGCUAUCACUGGUGCCUCUCUGGCUGAGAUUAUGGCUAAGAGGAAUCAGAAGCCAGAAGUGCGCAAGGCUCAACGAGAACAAGCAAUCAGAGCUGCCAAGGAAGCCAAGAAAGCCAAAGCUGCAACAAAGAAAGUUAGCGCACCUACAGCCAAGGCUGCACAGAAAACGGCACCGAAGCAGAAAUAUGCGAAGCCAAUGAAGUCCCAGGCUCCACGUGUUGGUGGAAAACGCUAAAAUAAUCUACAUUGAAAUGUAAAAUAAAGCCUGAAUUACAUCCA